AUGUGGAAAAAGAACUACGAGUGCCCGCACGAGGACAUACGGUUUUUCCUCUACACACCAACGUUUCGCAAGGGCAAAGUGAUCGACAUGAACAAUCCGAAUUCGAUCUUCAAGGCGGGCUUCAUGACGAACCAGCAGACGGCGAUCAUCAUUCACGGUUUCAACGGCACGCAGACCAGUCGACACAUAAUGUUCCUGAAAGACGCGUAUCUUUCGCGUAAGUUUAACGUGUUUGCCGUCGAUUGGGAGGUGCUGUCCCAGUACCCGUGCUACCUCUCGUCGCUGUCCAACACCAAACUGGUGUCCCAGUGCACGGCUCAGCUCUACUCGUUCCUUACGUUCGCCGGAUGUACGAGCAAACAGAUCACCUGCGUGGGCCAUUCCCUCGGGGCUCACAUUUGUGGCAUGAUGAGCAACCAUUUGACCAAGAAGCAGUACAAAAUAAUAGGAUUGGAUCCUGCGCGGCCGCUGAUAGAAAAGCACGCAUCGACCAAGUUCCGGCUGACGCGAGAUGACGCCCGAUCGGUGCAGAUCAUCCACACCAAUGCCGGUCUGCUGGGGCAGAGUGCCUUCACGGGACGGGUGGACUUUUGCAUCAACGGUGGCCAGGUGCAGCCGUACUGCGAGGGUGACAGGAUAAAACAAGCGCGAUGUAGUCACUUCCUGAGCGUGUGCUAUCUGGCCAACGCGAUCCUGGCCGCACGGCCAAUGCGCGCAGUACGCUGCCCGUCGGGAUGCGUGCCAGAUAAUCGGAUACCUUUCGUUAAGGUGAAACAACGGGUGCGACUGAAAUGGGUCCGAGUGGGACAGGAUACGCCGGGAAAGAUGGUGCUGUUGCUAAAGGUCGUCCUCAGCUCGAUGCUGAUCAGCGGUGGUGUUAUGAUUUACGCCCAGGCGCAGCAUCUACUGGCGCAGGCGCUCUUCCUCGGCGACCCGGACUCGUACAACAGCACGCGCGAGGACUGCGUGUGGAAGCGGGGCAACGGCCAGGAUCAGGUCUGCCCGGACCAGGACAUCCAGAUCUUCCUCUACACGUCCGGCAUCGCGAAGGACAAAUUCAAGUUCGAUCACCGGCUUCGGGACUGGUUGAACAACACCGAAUGGGAUCAUGCGAAGGAGAACAUCAUUCUGAUACACGGGUACGCCGGCGGAGAUGACACGCUACCGAUUGUGGUUCUACGCGAUGCCUACAUAAACCACGGGGGCUACAAUGUGUUUCUCGUCGACUGGGGGGCCCUCUGCCAGCCGCCGUGCUACGUGGCCGCCGUCUACAACAUCCGCCCGGUGGCGACCUGUCUUGCGCAGAGCCUGAUGCAGCUGCGUGAUCUGGGGCUGCCAGUGGAACGGACAACGUGCGUUGGUCACUCGCUCGGGGCACACAUCUGUGGGCUGAUGGCCAACUAUCUCAACUUCCGAAUGGAGCGAAUCAUCGCUCUCGAUCCCGCCAGGCCACUGAUUAAGCCGGGUGGAGUGAACCGGCUGGACCAAGGGGAUGCCAAGUACGUACAGGUGAUACACACCAACGCUGGCCACUAUGGUGAAGGAGGUCGUGUGGGGCACAUCGAUUUCUGCGUUAAUGGCGGCCGGCGGCAACCGUACUGUGGAAACAGCACCAACAUUAAUCUGUGCAGCCACAUCUGGGCCAUCUGCUACCUCGCGCAGUCACUGUACGAAGGACACGAACCGAUGGCGGAACCGUGCAGCCGUCGGUGUCCCUCGAAUGCCGUCCUGUCCGGGCUGCGAGAAGGCCGCCGUCGAAGGUUCGGCUAUGCGAUGGGCUACGCCAUUCCGAUGGGCCUGAAAACACCACCAAAUGCCUCCGGGUCCACGAAGGUACUGUUGCUCGUCUGGCUGGCCAUCACCAUCGGGGUGCAGGCGCACGACUGGAAGAUAGGUCCGUGCCAGGUGCAGUUCCUUGAGCCGUGCACCUCGAAAACGAUCGCGUUCUAUGUGUUCUCAUCGGAUCAUCCGAACGAUGGGCCGACACUGCUCGAUUCGAUCGAUCCCCGAGUUCCUGACCACAUUUUGUUGAACCACACCAACAAGCUGAUCGUGCACGGGUACGGUGGAAGCAUCGAUUUCAACGCCACCAAAAAGAUCCGCAAAGCCUACCUCCGGCAGCCGCACACGAACGUGUUCAUCGUGGACUGGGGAAAACUCUCCCGACUGCCCUGCUAUCCGACGGCCGCCUUCAACACCAAGCAGGCUGGGGAAUGUACGGCCACGUUCCUGCUCGGACUGCAGGCCAACCACCCGGAGUUUAGUAGCCGCGAGCUGCACGCCAUCGGCUUCAGUCUAGGAGCGCACGUUCUAAGCUUCACCAGCAACGCGCUGGAAAAGUCGAUUGGUGUCCGAUUCAAGCGUAUCACAGGUCUCGAUCCGGCCCUGCCAUUCUUUGCCACGGCCAGACCCCACUGGAAGCUGGACCAGGGCGAUGCGGACUUUGUCGAUGUGAUCCACACGAAUGCGGGCGUCUACGGGAAGAUCGAAACGUGCGGCCAUGUCGAUUUCUACAUGAACGGUGGCCAGAACCAGCCCGGCUGUGAGAAUGAUCCAAGUAAGUACCGCCGUAUCCUCCACGCCGUUCGACAUCAACCACUGUGCAGUCACAAGAUGGCGGCCGCGUACUUUGCGGAAUCGAUCAACAGCAAGCAUGGCUUCUGGGCAACGCGCUGCACGAGUUACUUUGCAUACUUUUUCGGCUUCUGUAAGUACCGUGUCGAUCAGCAGCAGCAGUCAUCGAUCGCCGGCGGAGAUAGUCGCCGGUCGCGGAGCAGCAGCGAGGAAGCCAUCACCGGUCAACCGCCGGUGGCCGCCGCCUUUGGCGAAAACAACAAUGAGUUCGAUAGCGAUCGCAUACUGAUGGGCGAGCACUUGUUGCUGCUUCCGGUCGCCGUCGUCCGUUCGGUUCCGGUUUCCGUGAAGAGGGGGCGAAGCAGUUUUACCAUCGGAAACUGCGUGUGGGUCGUAGACCAGCCGUGCCCCGAUGCUGACAUUCGGUUCUAUCUGUUCACCCGCUCCAAUCCGGACGAUCGGCAGUACAUCCAUAUCGAUGAGAGUUGGGAAAAGUCGAACAUUAGCUCGUCGUUCUUCAACCCAUCGCACCCGGUAAAGGUGAUCAUCCAUGGCUACAAUGCCGAUAUGUUCCUGACGCCGCUGAUAAACAUGAAAGGAGAAUACCUCUCACGGGGGAACUACAACCUGAUUUACGUCGAUUGGAGCGACAUUGCGCAAGGUCCUUGUUACCCGUCGGCCGUGCACAACACACGACACGUCGGCACGUGCAUUGGUCAGAUGGUGAACCGGAUCAUCGAUGCCGGCACGGAUAAUAUCCAUCUGAUUGGCUUCUCGCUCGGUGCGCAGGUUACCAACUAUGUGUCGAUCGCAGUACGUCCGUUUCGGUUCAAACGGAUCACUGGCCUAGAUCCAGCGAUGCCACUGUUCAUUACCGCUCCACCGGACGAUAAGCUGGAUCCCUCGGAUGCUGAGUUCGUUGACGUCAUUCACACGAAUGCGUUGGUGCAGGGAAAAAUCGAACGAUGUGGCCACGUGGAUUUCUACGUCAACGGAGGUAUCAUGCAGCCUGGUUGUUGGAAUCCUAUGGCUUGCAGUCAUCAUCGCGCACCGGACUACUUUGCCGAAUCGAUUCGCAGCCUUACAGGAUUUUGGGGUUGGAGCUGUCAAAGCUACGUGUACUACCUGCUGGGGUUCUGUCCCCAGAGCAAUCUGCAGGUGGUGGCUGGUGAGGACUGCCCGUCCGGGACGGAAGGAAUGUUCAUGGUUACCACCAACGCCGCAUCGCCGUUCGCAAUCGGGCGAUGGUCCGGUUUCAACCUACCGCAGAAAAAGGACUCGGCUCUGCACAAACAUGGCCUCAACCGAGAUCCGUUCAUCAGUGACAUCGACCAGUGGGGAAAAUUGGAUGGCUCGUUCAACAACGUUGACCACUUUCCGACGCCCUACUCCCAGGAUCCGAAUCCAGACGACGAUGACGAGUGGCCGUACUUCAAUCACGUUGGCACCAAGGAGUUGACUCGGGAGCACAUAAGAAAAAUACUCGAACAGGACAAAUCACGAUACAAAGGCGAGGAACGUCCGAUUAUUGUAAGCACACUGGCCACCACUAUCCCAACGACAGUACCGAGUGCCAACGAGGUUGACGAGGAGCGUUUCUACCUCGAGGACUUGCGACGGCGACUGCAGCAGAAAGAGGCCAGUGUCAUGAACAAGUACACCAUGCCAGCGUUCAACGCCAACUAAGC